CUUCUCUUCAUUUAUUUCUUUCUUUCUCCCCACCACAUACCGGCUUCGACAGAUUCAUUGAGAUUUGAGACUGCUGUUUGUUUCCCGGGAAAAUUUCUGAGCCACGUCACCGUCAUCAUCACCCUCAAUCCCUUCUUGGCCUUAUGGCUCCUGCUGCUUCUUCCUCCUCCUGGGUUCAACAACUGAGUUCGCUUGACUGGCACCAAGAGUCCUACCCUGCAUUUAACGAUUUCUCCGCUGUUCCCUUCUUCGCUCUCUUAUUCCCCUCUGUUCGCUUCUUCCUCGACCGUUUCGUUUUCGAGAAAGUGGCCAGACGAUUGAUUUUCGGAAAGGGGCAUGAGAAACUGGAUCUUCAAACAGAUGAGAGAAGAAAGAAGAUUAGGAAAUUUAAGGAAUCAGCAUGGAAAUGUGUAUAUUUUCUAUCAGCUGAAAUUUUUGCUUUGUCUGUAACUUACAAUGAGCCUUGGUUUACCAAUACAAUAUAUUUUUGGGUUGGGCCGGGAAAUCAAAUCUGGCCAGAUCAAAAGAUUAAGUUAAAACUGAAGGGGCUCUAUAUGUAUGGUGCUGGAUUUUAUGCUUACUCCAUACUCGCUUUAAUAUUUUGGGAAACUAAGCGCUCUGACUUUGGGCUGUCAAUGACCCAUCAUGUUGCUUCUCUGGCUCUCAUUGUGCUAUCUUAUAUGUUUAGGUUUGUUCGUGUUGGAUCAGUAGUUUUGGCUCUUCAUGAUGCUACUGAUGUGUUUCUGGAGACAGGAAAAAUGUCCAAAUACAGUGGGGCUGACACAAUGGCUAGCAUUGCAUUUCUCCUUUUUGUUAUCUUUUGGACGUUAUUGCGCAUCAUUUACUAUCCAUUUUGGGUUCUUUGGAGUACAAGGUUUGGUUCUGGACUCCAAUAAUGGUUUUCAGUUACUCCAAUUUGAAAACUGUCUAGCAUAUGUGAGUAAAUGUUCAAAUUGGUCUCUGAAAGAUCACGCGAUCUCCAUUUUGGUCCCCGAAAGAUUUUUUUAAUCAAUUUCAUCUCUAAAAGAUUUUAUUAGUCACAUUAAUCAUUCCGUCACUACCCUGACUAGAGCCAUUAGCGGAAGCGGACCUGGCACGUUAAAUCACACCUCACCAUAUAAAACAAUAAAUUCGAUUACUACGACAAUGACAAUGAAGACUUUGAGGACGAUGAUGUUGUUUUGGGCGGGUUAAUGAAUACUACGACGACGACGAAGAAGACGAAGAAGGUGGGGAUGAGGAGGGAAUGAUGCCGUUUGAGAAGAUGAGGAAGUGGUUGAAGCACAAACCCAGAGGGUUCGGUGAAGGGAAAGUGUAACACUUCCAUUGAAGACAAGUUGCUCGACGAAAUGCAUCAGAGCAGAGAAGUACAAGCUGCUACCUUGAAAAAGCUCAAGAGCAGUGUUGUUAACCCCAAAAACAGUGAAGAAAAGAAGAAAGAUUUAGUUACUUUUGAACACUGGUCGAAUUGUAUUCCACAGAUUGAUUGCUUUUGUGCUAUUGUUCACUUGUUUGUGUUUCAUGUUACUAUGUUUGGUGAAAUAAUACAUGCAUUUUAACUUUUAAGCAAA